AUGCCUCACGCUGAGGCGGCCGUCGCCUGCCUCUGGGUGCUCACGCCGUUGGCCGCCACGCUGGCGCUGGUCGUCGUCUGUGUCGCCGUCACCACCAACCAGUGGCUGCUCACUGAGGAGAAGAUGACCAACCCCCACUACAACGGCACCGGCGACCGCGACUACCUCUCCAAGCACACCGUCUCAGGCCUCUGGACGCUCUGCUACACCAACCCCGGGGAAAGGGAAAUGCAUUGCUUCAACAUCGACUACUUUCCUAAGGAAGAAUACAGCCCGGACCCUAACGACUCCACAAUGGCCAUCCCAUACGCGGUGACGCGGUCCGCGGCGUUCUUCCUGGCGGCUGCGGCGCUGCUGCUGCUGGCCGAGGUGUGCGUCCUCGCGGGGCACUGCGCUCGCCACCGCCGCCUCUGCACCUUCGUCUCGGGCGUCAUCUGCAUCGUCGCUGGUCUGCUGAUGCUGAUCGGGCUGGUGAUGUACAUCUCGAUCUUCAAGGCGGAGAUCGGCAGCAAGCUGCGGCCGCGGUCGCAGCUGCAGCCGCCGCUGUUCACGUACCGCUACGGCUUCAGCUUCCUGCUGGUCGUGUCGGGCUUCAUGGCGUCUGAGACGGCGGGCACGUGCGCCGUCUUCCUCUACAUCUUCUGGCACCAGCUGGAGUGGGGCCGCAAGCGCCACGACCUGCACCGGAAGCUGUCCGCCUCCUCGGCGCUGCUGUCGCCGCCACCGCCCGCCUGUCGCAGACACCACUUGCCUCCGCCGCCCCCGGUGAUCCCGCACCGGCGCUACAUGCUGGAGUCCGGCCGCGGGCUGGGCGGGGGCAGCACGUCGCGGCUGCCGCCCCCGGAAGACCACUGCCGGUCGCCGCCGCCGCCGCCGCCGUGCCUGAGCCGCUCGCACCAGGACCUGCGCUCCGCGGGCGGCUGCUUCCACGCCCCCGUGCCCGCCCCCGCGCCGCCCUACCACCGCCACCUCUACCACCACCACACGCUGCCGCCGCCGCCGCCGCACUACCACCGCUACCACGCGCACGUCGACGACGACUGCGGUCCCACGCCCCCGCCGCCCCCGACGCUGCAUCACCACGGCCACCACCAUCACCAUCACCACCAUCAUCACCAGCGAGAGCUUUCAACUUCAAGCCGUUCGUCGUCCUUCUUCCCACGUGACGCCACUACGAACACGGUGUCGACGACAGCGGACAUCAACUCCUGCGCCGGCGACGAAGACGACGCAGAAGGCAGUGGGACACCUGGGGUGGUAUGCGCUGCCGCCGGGCCCAACGGCGUCUCCACCGACGACGACGACGACGACGAGUACUCGCCGUCGCUGCAACACGAAUUCGUCACGUUCGACUUGGACGACACGCAGCCGCAACUGCAGCCGGCGCCGCAGCGGGUCAUGGUCGACGAGCAGCAGCAAACCACCGUGUCGGCGCUGCGGCCUAGAGGGGACUUCGCGUUCGACACUCUGCGUAGGACUACUCCCGUGUAGCCACCGGCGAGCAUUGCUCUUCGUCUGCAGCGUAGAGGAACUAGCGGUCGAGACGCUAUACCUCAGCCUUGACAAAUUCGCUUCUCUCAACUUUACGUGAGCAGGAAAAAAUCCUAGGUAGAUCUGAGGACCAAACUGCAACUAGUGUCGUCGCGUAUUACACAAAACGUACAUUCGGAGAACGACGUCACAUUUUCACACGACACUUGUUACCUCUCGGAUAUGCGGAUUAUGAGCGUUGUAAGCAGUCUGCAAUAUCUGCAACAAAACACUUGUCAUACAGGGUAAGCUUUUGCGACCUAGAGUUCGAGUCGGUGAAGUACUUUUGGCGCGUAACAGUGUCGUGGCAUAAAAUACAGUGAUAGUUGUAUAUUUACAACUGGACAGCUUGUCCACCAAUAGUCAAAUAACAAUAUCGGUCAGUCAAACAAUCAGAUGAUACAAAUGGGAAGCCGGAGAGCAAAUAUUUUACUGCUGGGGUACUUGUUUUCACAAUUAAAUCGGUUUUCAAUAGCAAAUCAUAUGAAAGCUUCUGCAAUGACGAAUCGCUUUCGUAAUCGUUUCCUAGUAUCGUUUGGAAUCGGUCAGUAUUUUUCCGUUCACAGCGACGUUCGAUUUCCAAUCGCUGGCAACCUGGUCAGCGAGGCAUGCCGUUCUUCAGGUUUUUACUGUGAACCCGCUUGCCAUAUACUGCACCCUCUCUAAGUUUUCUCGUUGUGAUAAGUCACUCUUGAGCAUGAAACUAGUUUCUCUAGAGUGUGUGGGCCUGCAGCAUUCAUCUGGGUGUUCUAAUAAGCUGAUUUGUCUGUUUUACAGGGCUGUAUGCAAAGUCUGUGCUCUGCUAGGCGUUUGUUUCGUAGAACAGCCCGCGUUUGUCGCUAAGCUGAAACCUAACGUGUAGGACUUAACAAGAACAGUACUUCGCUUCUCCUCAUUCUUAUCAUUCAGUCAUCACACGAACGGCCAACGUGUGAUGCCACGUGACUGCUGGAUGAAUGGGGAAUCCAGUGGCAUAUAUAUGGCUAAUCAUACGGCGAAAUCUGCCUGCGACAAUAGUAAAAACAUUUGUUGCUAAUUUAUGUUUAGCUUGGUGCGAUUACACACCCAAAAAUUCACCGAUGUACUGUUGUUAUAUUUAUAUUUUCUUCAGAUGCUAUAUUAGCACAGGAUGGCCUUGAUACGAAAACCCAAAACUAGUUGAGUACAGAGGUCAUUGUCUUCUUCUCCUUCUCUCUCUACUACAGACAGAAAUCCACAACUAAUGACAUACGUUUACUUCAGGAAGCAGGCAGCUUUCUUUCUUCGGUAUCAGUCCUUUAUUUUCUGCCUGUAAGAUUAUCAUUUGCGUUACAGUCAAUCAAAAUGCGGAAUUCACUUCUUACAUUUUGAUUCUUUCCUUCCCUCAAGUUUCGUUUAUUCUAGAGAAACUAUUCAAAACUGAGAAUGGGAUGUUAAUACUCUCCAAAACUGCGUGCUUUCCUUUUAUGCAGUAAUGGCCCACUGAUAAAUCACAUUCUGGAAGCAACGACCUGUUGGCAGCUUUAAGUUUUAGUACUUUCUGAAGUCUGUCACGGAUAUAAAAUGCUUUUCCUCAUAGGAGUCACUGUCGAAGACAGUGAGCAUCGAGAUAGUAACACAGUUCAACAAAACAAAGACAUCAGCUUUUUUCUGCAGAUACACAAGAGAAAUUCUGUGAAAAUCAAACUAUGAUCAUUUUUUCGAAAAUACCUCACAACAUUCUUUCUGCUUCCGUAAUUGAGUGUAUCCUUAAACCUGCUAAAAGAAACUCUCCGAAGUUAUAAAUAAGGUUCUUAGUAUUUCUCUUAGAAAUUCAGUUUUCACUGAAGCAUUUACGUAAGAACCAGAAAUCAUGUUAGUCCUGUUAUUUUUGUAUUUCAGAAAUAGAAAACAAUAUUCUUUACAUGAAAAUUCAUUAGCUCGUUAUAAGUUGGCAUUCUAACGCAAAACUGUUUAUAAUCAUAAACAAGGAUACAUAAUCACUUUAAAAAGUCAGAUUGCAAUAUUCUACAAAGAAAGUGCAUAAUAAAUAGCGAGACUCAUUUAAUUGAAUAUAUAUCUUCAUUUCCAAAAACAUUUUAAAUAUUUCGACUACAGCGUAAAUUGAUAUUAAUGCGACAGCAAUAAAAGAGGUGUCCCUGUAAAACCCCUUCUAUACACUGACUGUAACAAUACACUGAAACAAUAUAACAAAGAAAUAUUUGAUUAGUGAUUAAAUCGUAUGUGAUGGUCGAAGUUAUGAUGACUAUACAUAUGAACAGUAAAAAUGUAUAGGUUGUAAAAAACUGUGUUGAUACGAGUUAAGAUAGUUAUAGAAUUAGUACUGCGAUAUUAUGAAGUGAUUCCAUAAUAAGUGUAUAAGAGAUUGUGUCGAACCGUAACAAAGCCACUACUAUAUUCCCAUGUACUGUAAAACCAUAUGCAAUGACGAUGAUAAAAUUCAAAGUUAAUAAAUGGUUUAUUUGGUUGUACUAUUCUUGUUGAUUCUAGCAAAAUGAUUAAAAUGUCUUGUUACACAUUGCUGAUUAUUAUAUUGUACAUACUUUCUACUGUUGCAGAUAUGUUUUUCAUGUUUCUCAUUGUAAUAUUGGUUUAUGUAUUUGUAUUGCAGAUGAUGCCUAAUGAGAUGUAUCAGAAAGUAUUUCUUCAAGUUGUGUGUUGAAGUUACUUUGUGGAACAUUGUAUUUAUUUCAUUUGUCUCCUGGCUGUCCAUUUCUUAAAUUCUACUCCAGAACUGUCGUCCUGACGUCAUAAAGUGUUCAUUGAAACAUUUCUGUUAGUGCUCCGUUUCGAUUCUUUGCGAAACAAGGGCGCUCUUGUUUGAAUCCCGUUUGCUCAAAAGACAGCGUUAUUAAAUAAAACCUAGAUCCCCAGUACAUAUGGGUAAAAGUCCUCCCAUAUACCUCGAAGAUGUAUUGUAUGAUAAGUAUAUAUAUAUACAUGCAUAUAUUAAGAUUUUAAGAGAAUAUUUUAAAAAGAAUACUAGGUUUUGUUGGAGAUUCCGUUGUUAUGAUCAUACUGUUUUAUAGUAAAGCAAUAACUGCUUGAACUGUUAUGAGCAUUUGAACAAAAGUGAGUUUUUAACACACAACAAAUAAAGCUAACAGUGAUCACUAUCACAACAAACUUAGUUGUUCGUUCAUUACUCAGCGUUUGUGAAAGAACAUCACACUCCUUUUAGUGAACCAUAGUUCAAACACGCAUCGUAAUUCAAUUUCGUGAACAUCUGUUUUUAUUCGAAAAACACGAACAAUCCAGUUCACAUGUUUCAAUACCCCAUCAACUUCGUUACGUCAUUUUAUUCUAUAACCGAAUUUUCUAAUGUAAUGAUCAAAUAUAAUUUACAACAAUAAUGCCCUCACUCAUUAAAAAUAUGCUUCUAAUAAGGACUUACUGAAAAUAAAAUUAAGAAAAAGUGUUCACAUUUGUCUAUAAACUAUAAAAUAAUGUAACUAAAAUAAUUAAAGUGUGUGGAUUCUGUUUUGUAAAUAAUUCUAAUAAAAAGUAUCACA